AAGAAGAAGCAUUUGAGCGAAAGAGGAAGACACAAAUAAUAAUUUGUAGUUUGUUAAAAUUUAUUAAACAUGUCCUCGACGUCAGCGGCCGCAUCAAAUGCAGCACCCGCCAAAACAGAAGUGCGCUAUGUGACAGAAGUGCCCAGCAGUCUGAAACAAUUAGCCCGCUUAGUCGUCCGAGGUUUCUACUCACAAGAGGACGCGCUCAUCAUCGACAUGUUGGUGCGGAAUCCAUGUAUGAAGGAGGACGACAUCGGCGAGUUGUUGCGCUUCGAAAAGAAACAGCUGCGAGCACGCAUAACCACACUGCGCACCGACAAGUUCAUACAGAUCCGUCUGAAGAUGGAGACGGGACCCGAUGGCAAGGCGCAAAAAGUCAACUAUUACUUUAUCAAUUACAAAACUUUUGUGAACGUGGUCAAGUACAAAUUGGAUUUGAUGCGGAAGCGCAUGGAGACGGAGGAACGCGAUGCGACCAGCCGCGCAAGCUUCAAGUGUUCCAUGUGCUCCAAAACAUUUACUGAUCUCGAGGCCGACCAGCUGUUCGACACGGCAACAUUGGAGUUUCGCUGUACGUACUGUGGCAGCAUUGUGGAGGAAGACAGUGCGGCGAUGCCGAAGAAGGAUUCACGCCUAAUGCUAGCACACUUCAACGAGCAGCUGCAGCCACUUUACGAUCUGUUGCGCGAGGUGGAAGGUAUUCAGUUGGCGCCCGAAGUCCUUGAACCCGAACCCGUGGACAUCGAUACGAUACGUGGCAUCACAAAACCAAAUGCCAUGCGGCCGGACAGCAUGCAAUGGUCGGGUGAGGCGACACGUAACCAAGGCUUCGCUGUUGAGGAGACUCGCGUCGAUGUCACCAUUGGUGGCGAUGACAACUCCGAGGCGGUUGUGGAACGCAAGUCACGUCCGAUUUGGAUGACAGAGAGCACUGUGAUAACCGAUGCGGAUGGCAGCGAUGGCAACUCGCUCAGCGAAACAGCACAACCGUCAUCAACGUCCGGGCAUCGCAGCAAAAAGGAGAACGAGGACAUUAUGUCAGUGCUGCUGCAGCACGAGAAACAGCCCGGCGAGCGGGAUGCGCAUUUGAAAGGCAUUCACAGGGGUUCGUCAAAUGCCAACUCCAGUGAUUCCAGCGAUGAUGAGAAUGACAUUGACAACACAAAGAUACCGAAUGUUGAUCUCGAUAACUACAUAAACUCAGAGUCAGAGGAAGAGGACGACGAUGUGCCCACUGUGCUGGUGGGUGGACGACCGCAUCCAUUGGAUCAGGUGGAUGAUAAUCUAAUUUCACAAAUGACACCGCAGGAGAAGGAGAAUUACAUACACGUUUAUCAGCAGCACUAUAGCCAUAUAUACGACUGAGUUGCAAUUAGAAUAUAUAAGUAUAGGCUCAAUGAUAGUUUAAGUUGUAUAUUAAAUUGGCUUGCAACGUGGAAGCCUUCGCGAUUGA